AUGGAAUCCACCUCUACCUCUACCACUCAAGCCUCAAGUCCAAGUGCCUUACCCUCUCAACCUCUACCUAACCCCAAGGGUGGCAUCAAUGCUAUUACCUUGUGGUCUGGAACCAAAUUGCAAGAGAAGAGUCAUGAAGAGCCAAGUCCAAUAGAGGUCACUCAAGAUGAGGAUGUGGUUGAGAUAGAAGAAUUUGAUGAUGAGGAUGAAGCCCAAAAGGUAGUGGAAGAAGUGAUUGCUCAACCAAGGGGCGGAAUGCCUAAGGAUGGGGAUGUCUUGCAAGGAGCUACUCCAAUCCCAUUUCCAACAUCGGCAAGGAAAACCAAGAAGCAAGUUGAGUUGGACCCCAAAAUGGUGGAGAUGUUCAAGAAAGUUGAGGUUACUAUUCCUCUCUUUGAUGCUAUCCGCCAAGUGCCUAAAUAUAUAAAGUUUCUUAAGGACUUAUGUAUGCAUAAGGAGAAAAUUUGUGAAUUAGAGACUAUACCAUUGGGGAGUUCAAUUUCUGCUUUAAUGGAUAGUGUGCCAGAAAAGUGUGGUGACCCCGACCCUUGCUUAGUAACUUGCACCACAGAUGGAGUCCAAUUUGUUGAUUGUAUGUGCAAUCAUGGCACUUGUGUGAGUACUAUGCCUUUAUCCGUCUAUGAGAUCUUAAAGCUCCCACCGCUAAAACGAUCGGCCACCCGGUUUGUUUUAGCAGACAAAAGCAUAAUUUCCGUGGUUGGUAUAGCGGAGGAUGUUCUAGUGAGCUUAAAGUGGUUAGUCUUCCCAAUUGAUUUCCAUAUUCUCAAGAUGUCCUCUAGUGACUCUGGUAGGACAUCAUCUAUAUUGCUUGGGAGACCAUUCUUGAAGACCUCCCGGUUCAAACUAUAUGCGUUUUCGGGCACCUAUUCAUUUGAGAUUGAUGGAAGAGAAGUGAGCUUUAAUCUUGAUGAAGCCAUGAGACAUCCACCGGAGGAUCACUCUAUUUUUCGGUGUGACUUGAUUGACAAUGUUGUAGUCGAAGUUCAUCAAGAUGGCUUUGAUGGAAAGAGUAUGAAUCAAGACCCAAGUGUGGGGAGUUCCCAUGUAUGUGAAGAAGAAGUCUUAUCACCUCCAAUGAUACCGGAAGACAAAGUACCAAGUCAUGAACAAAAUGCGGAUUUGAAACCACUCCCAACCCACCUAAAAUAUGGCUUUCUUGAGAAGAACCAAAAGUUCCCGGUAAUAAUUACAAGGGAGCUCACCUCCCAACAAGAGGAGAAGUUGCUCAAUGUUUUGAGGAGGAACAAGAAUGCCAUAGGGUAG